ACUUACUUAUACACUACCCUAUUGCACAUUAGCAUUUGUGUAACUAGGCUAAUUUAUUUUGUUCAUGUAGAAUUUCUUUUGGUACAUGUUUUAUAUGGGGCUGAUCCAACCUUGUUAGCUUAGUUCAUCGCAAUGGGUAUUCCAAAACUAUGGAGUAUAGUACGACCUGCGAAAAAAACUGUCAAAUUAGAAAGUCUUCGAAACUGUUGUCUUGCAAUUGAUACAAGUAUUUGGAUAGCAAGCUUCAUUAGCGCUAUGAGAGAUAAACGAGGAAAUGUAAUUCAAGACGCUUACUUGAAAGGCACAUGGAGCCGAGUGGUUAAACUUCUGUUCCUAGGUAUUAAGCCAGUAUUUGUAUUCGACGGUAAACCACCAAUGUUAAAAUCUAGGACGCUGUCUCGAAGGCGUCGAAAUAGGGCGAAGGCGGAAGUUCGAGCCCAAAAAAUGGCUCGCGAAAUGCUACUAGAUCAGCUUAAACAGACCUCUUUAAAGAAAGUAAAACAACUAGUUUUAGAGGGAAAGUUAGACUUAAAAGAGGCACUCGUUGAGGCACUGAAGAUUCAAAAUAUGGGGAAAGAUAAUAGACAAGAAUCUGAAGAAAUGAAAAUAAAUGAAAUUCCCUGGGCUGAAAAUACCCUAGAAGAGCCAUUAACUGGCCCUACCUUAGACGUCAAUUGGCUACGUACCUUAAGUCCAGAUGACAAAUCUGUUCACGAAAAAUCGUACGAGGCUCAACUUGAAAUUUUACUUAUGAUGAGAGUGGCGCACAAAGGGAGCGUAGCAAAUGCCAUCUGCGAAACAAAUAUGGACAUAGAACAAAAAGACUACUCUUCAUUACAACUAGAGCAAUUAGUCAACAAGGGAUGCAUUACGAGAAAACUCGAACAAGUAAAGCAGCGCCUAGAUAAUGAGUCAUAUUAUCCAUUGGCCUCAGAUCCAACCGUUAAAUAUCGGCUAUCAAAGACAAAUACAGAACCAGUAAAUUCACUUGUUGAUCCCGACUCUAACUUUGAGAUUCGAGUUAUUAAAAGUUUGGAUUCGAAUAUUGAAACUCUUGAUGAAUCAGGCGAUAUUAUAGCAGAAGACGAAGAACUAAGAGAAGAAUGCACUGACUCGCCUAUUUCUGAUUCUCCUCUUCAUAGCCCCGUUCUUUCCGGUUUGACCGAGACAUCUACUGAAGAUAAUCAUCAAGCUAUUGAGAUCGACUUUGAGCUAAAUGACCCUUCAAAUUCGGAUUCAAAUGCUCGACAAUUGGAUUCGGCGCCAUCUAUUUCGGAUUUGAUUUGUGAGGAUGACAGAAAUUUUGUUUAUGAAGAAGAGAUAUCUUUAGAGGAGGAUGAUAAGGAAUACUCUAGCGUUCAAUUUGAAACGACUGAUGAUAUUUGCUUUCCGGCAGCUGCUAAAAUCGGCAAUGAUUCUAUUGAACGAUUUUGCGCUGAUCAACUAGAGAAAAUGUCUGUUGAUGAGGUUCUUGGCCAAGAUCUAUAUAAAGGCAGAAACCAGUUGAAGAACAACGAUUCAAAAGCAGUACAUGCAGAUUUUAUUUUGCCUAAGAGUGACUUGAAGAACGGACACGAAGUGGAUGCAAAUCGAGAAAGAAUUCAGUUGGAGAAAGCGCAGAGCGAAAAUUCAUUUAACCAAGAAGAGACAGUCAAAUCUCAGUUGAAAAGUGUUGUAAAGAAUGAAUUAGGUAUAACGGAGCACGCUGUAAUAUGUGGUUCGAAUGAUGGAAUGGGAAGAGAUGAAAAAUCAGAUGUGCUUGAGUUGGAGAAGAAGAAAAAAAUUAAAACGGACGAUAUGGAUAGGAAUGUAAAUGAAAGGAAUAAUGAGAAUAGGAUGGUAGAUUUGGGUGAAUUUCAGCCGAGCGAUAACGAUAAAAUAACAGAAUUUGAUACAAGAGAUGCACUAAACGUACCCAAAAUUCGUCUUGAGCGUUCCUACUCUGAGUCUCAGCCUGAAUCUCACUGCAAUGUUGUUCAAGCCGAGAAUGAAUCUAUUUUUCAUUCUCCAACUUCCUCAUUUUCAGAGUUUCAAAGUCCUCAGGCUAGUGGUCUUGAUUCAGGCUAUGAUGAGCAAAGCCCUUCAACGUACUGGAGUUAUUUUAAUUCAAUUGAGUCUGAGCUCAGUUCUCAGAGACAGGCGCGAAAGAAUAAUCAUCGCUCAAGUUUUGGCCAAAAUGUGGAUAUAUCCGAGGAAAUGAUAACUCAAAUUAAGUAUCUUUUACGUUUGUUUGGAAUUCCUUAUGUUCAAAGUCCAGGCGAAGCAGAUGCGCAAUGUGCAGCUCUCCGAAUACUCGGGUUGGUUGACGGCAUCAUAUCCGAUGAUAGCGAUAUACUCGUUUUCGGUGGAUUUCCUAUUUUUCGACAUGCCUUUUUGCGCGGGCAUUCAUUGGAUUGUUACUCUUUAGAAUCUAUAGAAGAUAAGCUUCAGUUAUCACAAACUGAUUUAAUUUUUUUGGCAUUACUGUUAGGAGGCGACUAUGCGGAUGGAAUCAAAGGAAUCGGCCCCGUCAUCGCUCUAGACAUCGUUACCCAUUUUCGUGGAAGCGACGGUCCUAGCCGAUUCAUUACUUGGAUAAAAUGCAUUCAGGAAAAAAAAUCACUUCCAGAUGUUCACGACUUGGGGUUUGAGCCUCCAGAUAAGUCUUUUGCACAGAAGCAUUUGCGUCUGUUUAAAACACUUCAAUUGCCUAAUAAUUUUGUGAAUUUGGCCGUUAUUGAUGCAUAUCUAAAUCCCCAAGUCGACCGCUCUCUGGAAAAAUUCACUUGGUGUUCUCCGGAUUAUAAAGCUUUAACUCAGUAUGCAAAAAUGCAAUUUGGGUGGUCCGAGAGUAAAAUUAGCUCAACUUUAGAUCCUAUAUUGAAAAAUCAUACUUUAAAUAAUUCCCAGACAAAAAUGGAUGAUUUUGUUGCUGCAUCUCCUUCAUUAUCUCGUUUCACUUGCGACUCACACACAUCCGAGUCCUCCUCUCUCACAUACUGUGAGACAGAACUCAAGGAUGAACAUAUUGAAGACGCUUUUCUGAAAUCCAAAAGAAAGCGACGAAGCCGUCAAAUGUCUAAUCUUCAUGACAUUAUGCAAAUUGAAUCAGAAGAAGACCUCAGAGAGAUUGAAAGGGUAUUGGGAGACAGUAAAGUUCUUCGAAGAAGGACACUGUAGAUAUAAAUUAUAAGUUUUAGGUGAUCCGUUUUAUCACAAUGAAUUGAGAGUCAACAUAUAUUAGUACAAAAAGAGGAUAUGUGGUCGAAGUGAUACACAAAUGUGUCCCAAUACAGGCAACACACCGUCUUUGUCUCUAUAUAUUGUUUACUGCUAGACCCAAUUGCAAUAUCCUCUAUUUGUGUCAAAGGCUUACUCUUUGCCCGAAAAAAAAUAAGAGUGUUUGUCAAAUACCGAAUCCUUUUGAAAUGAUUUCUAUCAAAACAACCAAGUCCAGUCAGAGUUUGAUAUUUAACGGUCCACCUUUAGAGCUAAUCAAUCCAUCACGGGCUUUCAAUAUGGGUGAAAACAACUAUUUUUUCCUAAAUACAGUGCCAUCAGUUAUUGCAAUUGAAUUUUGUGAUUUUUCACACGCUACUAUAAGAUGAUUUUAUAGAGAUAUAAAAGUCACGAUUGAUAUUAGUUUAUCUCCAUAGCUUUUGAAAAAAUAGCCAUUCAAGUUAUGACCGGUAAUUGUGAAAUUGAAGAAGUUCAUUUAUAACCUAUUGAUUGCUUGUCUGCAUCCUCUGUUCACCCCGCAGGUUCAAGUAUAAAAUUUUGAAUUUGUUCGUUCAAAAAUGUAACACAUUUUUACAUUAUUUGAUAAUGCUACAAGUA